AUGGUGGAAUCAUCAAAUCGAUCAUUAGUUUAUGAUCAGAAAGAUGUUUCGCCUAGGAGAGAGCUUGUGGGGAUCAAAACCAGCUUCAAACUUCCUUCUCCUUUGCCCAAAUGGCCUCCUGGUGGAGGGUUUGGUGGUGGAACCAUGGAUUUAGGAGGAUUACAAGUGAGUCAAGUAUCAACAUUGAACAAAAUUUGGGCAGCCAACGAUGGAGGACCUGGUAAUGUUGGUGCAACAUUUUAUGAACCAGUUUCCAUACCUCAAGGAUUUGCAAUUUUAGGGUUUUACAGCCAACCCAACAACAUGCCUUUAUUUGGGCAUGUUCUUGUGGGAAAAGAUGUUACAGAUGACCCUUUAAACCCUACUCUCAAACCACCAACUGAUUACACUCUUGUAUGGAGUAGUGUCUCUGUAAAUAUCAAGAAAGAUGGUGAUGGCUACAUAUGGUACCCAAACCCACCAGAUGGCUACAUGGCUGUUGGCUAUAUCGUUACUACUUCAUCAGAAAAACCCGCUCUUGAAAGAGUUCGAUGUGUUAAGUUUGACUUGACGGAUACUUUAGAGAGCGACGUAUGGAUAUGGGGUUCAAGCAAGAGUUUAAAUGUAAAUGGGUUUAAUGUCUAUAGUUCUAGGCCGAUGAAUAGAGGUGUUGAAGCCAUGAGUGCACCAAUAGGAGGUUUUGUGGUUGAAAAUGGGAUAGGGGGCAACACAUUGUCAAUAUCUUGUUUGAAGAAUUUGAAGGGUAGUUUGGUAAAUUCAAUGCCAAAUUUGGACCAAAUUAAAACCCUAAUUCAGACAUAUUCUCCUAUGGUUUAUUUUCAUCCUAAUGAACGCUACCUUCCUUGCUCAGUUGAUUGGUUAUUUCAGAAUGGUGCAUUGGUUUACCACAAAGGGGACGAGUCAAACCCUAUCCUUGUUGACCAAAAUGGUUCAAAUCUCCCUCAAGGUGGUUCGAAUGAUGGUACCUAUUGGUUGGACCUUCCAAAAGAUGGUUCAAGUAAAGAAAGGAUCAAGCAAGGUAACCUACAAAAUGCAAGUUCUUAUUUCCAUAUCAAACCAAUGUACGGAGGGUUAUUUACAGACAUUGCCAUUUGGCUUUUUUACCCUUUUAAUGGGGCAUCAAGAGCCAAAGUUGAGUUCAUCAACAUUUCAUUAGAAAAAGUAGGAGAACAUGUUAGUGAUUGGGAACAUAUCACAUUAAGAGUUAGUAAUUUCAAUGGUGGAUUAAAAAGUGUAUUCUUUGCACAACAUAGUUCGGGGACAUGGGUGAGUGCUUCGGUUCUUGAGUAUGCAAUUGGCAAUAAACCAGUAGUAUACUCAUCACUAAACGGUCAUGCAUCCUACCCCAAACCUGGACUAGUCUUGCUUGGCCCCCAUGGAGUCGAUAUUGGACUCAGAGAUGAUAUGGAAAAAAGUGAUAAGGUGAUGGACACUGGAGACCGGGCAACCGUGGUUGCAGCGGAGUACCUAGGCUCAAUAGUAGUUGAACCACCAUGGUUAAACUAUUUUAGAAAAUGGGGUCCAAAAAUUCAGUAUGAUCUUGACAAAGAACUUAACAAAGUGGAGAAAGUUAUGAUAUGGAAGUUGAAAAAGGCUUUUUACAAGUUUAGGAAAAGUGUUCCUAGAGAGGUUUUAGGUGAGGACGGGCCACUUGGACCCAAAGCUAAACACGAGUGGAGUGGAGAUGAGAUGGGAUGA